CAUCAUCACCACAGCCCAUGCAGUCUAAAUUGGGUCCACUUCAGUUACACACUUGAAGCCUUGGCUCCUGGCCAGCUGUGUGAGAACAUGCAUUCUCUUCAUGGCUCUGCAAGCUUCUCAUGGUCAGGAAAUGAAUGCACUGGCAAGCUUGUAAUGUGCAAUAUAGACCGAGACCCAGGCACGAAAUGUUACACAGUAUGUCUUGACUUGCACUGAGCAGUAGAGAAAUGAGAAACCAUUUGCUCCUGAUUUCUGACCUGCUGAAUUUAUCCUCCAGAUUGCAGAAAGGUUCUCUAAGAAGACUUUACAUGCUUUUGAUCUAAGCUCGCUUCAAGCCUCAAGCUAUCAUCUGAUCCCAGCUUCAAAGACAAAAAUAAGGUUUUUCCUUCAGUCUGAGCUUAACUCCCUACAGAGAAGAGUCCAGCGCAUUUGGCUGCACCAUGGUGGUGCAGAAUAGUCUGGACAUUGGAGACACUCGGAAAGGGAUCUUGCUGGAGCCAUUUGUCCACCAGGUUGGAGGCCACAUGAGCAUGAUGAAAUAUGAUGACUACACGGUCUGCAAGCCCCUCGUCUCCCAGGAGCAAUGGUUCUACGAGACUGUCCCCACAGUAAUGAAACAAUUCACACCUCAAUACAAAGGUACCAUUUCUGUAUAUCUCAAGAAAGACAGCAUGGGCAAUUUGAGCCUCAUAGCCUGCCCACAAACAGACAACCGCAGUUCCUUGGAUAACACCUCCAAAGAGUCUUCAAUAUGGCAGAAGCUCAAUCAGGCAAACACCAGCAGUGGUGACCACACAUUUGUCAAAUGGAAUCAUGGCCCACUCACGAACUCCAUCAAAGACAGCUGCCAGGGGAAAGCACUGCUGCAGACAGACCUUCAGUUCCACAGAGAUAUGUCUUCACUUAUGGAAGAUGCCAAUGGGAACCAGGCAGAAAAGAAUAUCUACAAUCCCUGGGGGCUGCACUGCCACAAACAGCAUCUAAAUCGCAUGUCUUCCAAGUAUAAUGAAAACAAACUUCAUCAAUUUCUGUUGCUUGAAAAUGUAGUAUCCAAGUAUAAAUACCCAUGCAUUCUGGACUUAAAGAUGGGAACCAGGCAACAUGGCGAUGAUGCAUCAGAAGAGAAGAAAGCACGCCAAAUAAAGAAGUGUGAACAAAGUACAUCAGCAUCCCUUGGAGUCCGUAUUUGUGGCAUGCAGGUUUUCCAGGCAGAUACUGUUCAAUAUCUGUGCAAAGAUAAGUAUUAUGGUCGGAAACUCUCCCCUGAUGGCUUCAGACAAGCCAUCUACCAGUUCCUUCACAAUGGGAAACAUCUCCGAACAGACCUCGUGGAACCUAUUGUGUCUGAAUUGAAGGCUUUGCUCUCUGUUAUCAAAAAACAGAACACUUACCGUUUCUACUCCAGCUCACUUCUCAUAAACUAUGAAGGACUAGAAAAAACAAUUCCUUUGGACAACCACCCUCAAGGGCACUGUCAAAAUACUAGCUGCGCUGUGUCACAUGCAAGCGGGGGGCCCAAAGUGGAUGUCCGCAUGAUAGACUUUGCUCACACAACCUACAAAGGUUCAAGAAAUAUUCACACAGUCUAUGAUGGGCCAGAUCAGGGCUAUAUUUUUGGUCUAGAAAACCUAAUAAAGAUUGUUCAGAGUAUCCCAGUGGGAGAAUGACACCUGCUAAACUGACAGAGACUCUGUGAUUGAAAACAGCGCAACCAGCAUGUCAGGCCAAUAGGAGUGAGCUCUCCCAGCCCGUCUACACCCACGUGCACGGUUCUGACGUUAUAGAGUGGACAGUUUGCUAAGAAAAGCUCAGGCGAUGUUACAUGCCAUUGUGGAUUGGACAGAAUCCAUCAUCAUUGCAAUCUAUCAGAAGAUUAUUUUCCAUUAGCAUUUUAAUGUUGUCCAUUCAUAUCAUUUGUGAGCUGAAGGAAAUAUUACUUGAAAGGAGUUUUAGGAAUUAAGGACUUGUUCAUCAAACAGUGUUUAGACUUGCAAGGCCAAUGGGGCCAAAGAAAUAUUGUGCUCAUGAAAAGCACUAUGAAGUUAGCUUGGCAGGUCCUUAAAACCUGCCGCUUUACAUUUUAACUCACAUUCAGUUAGAUGGGCCAAGGACUUUAACGGCACAAUCAGAUGACAACCCCUGCUGCAUGCUCUGCUGCCAAAUAUUGGCACUUAAAAAUGAAGAGCAUGCUAAUUCCUUGAUCCUUUGUAUUCCAUACUAGUAUGUGUGGUAGUGUAUUCUCCAAAGAAUGUGUGUGUCAGCCAAGGAGUGUGCGAGUACAAUUAAAACCCAAAUCAGAAGCAAGCAGGUGUUGCAUUGCUCCUCCUGGAACAAGGCCAGUCUUUCAAGGAUUCCUUGAUCGAAAAGGGCUUGUUGCAGAAGAGUUGCAAAUUCUGUGAAGUAGCAGUCAUGAAGGCAUUCACACUGUGGCAGUUUUUAUAUUGCAGGGAAUUUGUCCAGAUGAGAAAUUAGACAGGCCCUAGUUCAUGAAGACAUGCUUGAAUUAGGGCCCAAGUGUCCUCUUCAAAUUUUCUUUCAAAUUUCUGUGCAUUUAUGUUUGUGUGAGUGGAUAAGUGUUAUAAAAACUUGAUAAAAGUGUUUACAGAGUUUGUGGACAAUUGUAAAUAUGGAACAACCAAAUAUUGGAUUUCCUUUCUGUGUCAUGCAGAGAGCCACUUUUAAAAUGCUUUUAAAUGUGGAGGUGGAACCCAGUGACAAAAUGGGAAUGUAGAGUUGUAAAUAAAUUGUAUAGGCCCUGGAAAUGUA